GCAAAGAACCCUGCAACUGCAACAAGCCCUGACGCUUAAUACAUCGGCCGGCACUCGAUCGGCAGCAGAUCAAAGAUGGCGGCGGAGGAGGGGGAGAAGGCGAAGAGCGGCGGCGGCGGGCAGCAGAUGACGGUGGUGCGGGGGCUGGACGUGGCGCGGUACAUGGGGCGGUGGUACGAGAUCGCGUCGUUCCCGUCCUUCUUCCAGCCGCGGGACGGCCGCGACACGCGCGCCACCUACCGGCUGCUGGAGGACGGCGCCACGGUGCACGUGCUCAACGAGACGUGGAGCAAGGGCAAGCGCGACUACAUCGAGGGCACGGCCUACAAGGCCGACCCCGGCAGCGACGAGGCCAAGCUCAAGGUCAAGUUCUACCUCCCGCCCUUCCUCCCCAUCGUCCCCGUCGUCGGCGACUACUGGGUGCUCUACGUCGACGAUGACUACCAGUACGCGCUCGUCGGCGAGCCGCGCCGCAAGAACCUCUGGAUCCUGUGCAGGAAGACGAGCAUCGACGAGGACGUGUACAACCAGCUGGUGGAGCGGGCCAAGGAGGAAGGCUACGACGUGAGCAAGCUGCACAGGACGCCGCAGGACGACCCGCCGCCGGAGAGCGACGCCGCGCCCACCGACACCAAGGGGGUGUGGUGGUUCAAGUCGCUCUUCGGGAAAUGACUGCCCGUCACCGCACGCGCGCGUGCUCCGGUACUGUGCUUGCAGUUGCAGCAAAUAAAACCAGGCCUGAGUGAGUGAGGAUUGGUAUUUUAGCUUUGUAGUAUCUGUCUCGCUAUCUGUGUGUGUGGAACUGUGGACUGUGCUGUUACGUUAUACGUGCAUGUAUUUUUAAGAUUUCUCUAGCUAAUUGCAUCGAUCGGCGAGGUAGUCACUCAGGGGAUUAUGUGAGUUUGCAAAAAGCCAAAAAAGUCUAUACGCGUAUAGAAUUUGCUUGCUUGCUUGACAGCC